AUGUGCACAGCCUGCCAGGAGGGAAAGCAGCAGCAACAACUGGAGCAGCAGCGUUUUACAGGUUUGCAGGACGAUGGAAAUGGAAACAGCAAAUCCCGGCCACCUCAGGGGAGGGACCUACAUGGGCAGCAGGUCCCCAGGGAGCUCUGCACCCAGACACAAACCGUCACCUCCUACUCCAACGAAGGAACCCAAGUGACAGUGGAGGUUCACCCCAAGGACACCACCCCCCAGCUCUUCAAGAAACUCUCCUUUGGCAAAGGUCCCCGGGGGCUGCCCAGCCUGGGAGGUCAGGACAACAAAGGUUUCCAGAGGACCAAAGCCCCAAGGCCACCAGGAGGGGAAGACCUGCACGCCUAUCCGUGGGACAAAUCCUCUUUGAAGUCCCUGCCAGUAGAUCUGCAGCAAUUUGAGAAGCUGGAUGCCUAUGCAUUAAAAGUGAACUUCAAGAGCAGUGUAGAGGAGCUUGUUAGAGCCCUGCUGAAACCAGCCAGGACUGACCUGGAGAAGGUCCGAGCCAUCUGGAUGUGGAUCUGCCACCACAUAGAGUAUGACAUUGUGGGCUACCAUGACAAGAGCCAGCUGCCCAGCAAGCCCAUGGAGGUGCUGCUGGCAGGGAAGGGCAUCUGUGAGGGCUACGCGGGGCUCCUGGAGCAGAUGUGCAGCAUUGCAGGGAUCCAGUGCAUGAAGAUAUCAGGAUACUCCAAGGGCUAUGGGUACAAGAUGGGACAAACCUUCACAGGGGACUCUGACCAUGCCUGGAACGCCGUCUACCUCGAUGGAAGGUGGCAUUUGCUCGACAGCACCUGGGGAAGUGGUGCUGUUGAUGAUGAUUUCACCAAGUUCACCUUCAGGUACAACGAGUUUUACUUUCUGACUCACCCGGCUCUGUUCAUUAACAAUCACUUCCCAGAUAACAGCAACUGGCAGCUCCUGAAACCCACACUGACACUGAAGGAGUUUGAGAACAACAUGCUGCACAGCAGCAACUUUUACCUCUUGGGUCUUCUCACUGCCCAACCAGAGACAUCCACCAUCCACACAGUCAAUGGCAAGGCCUCGGUGUCCCUGGACUGCCGCUCCGCCACCCUCUUCAAGUUCAAGCUGAAGGGAGCAGAUGGGCAAGGCUUGAUGACUUUGAAAAAGCGCGGGAUGAAACUGGACAUCUACCCCCAGAAGACGGGGAGCAACAAGCUGCAGAUCUUUGCCAAGCCCUCCAAAGGCUCGGAUGACGUUUACCAGUGCGUGCUGGAAUACGCGGUGGAGUGCGGGUCCGUGGACACGGCCGCGCGCUUCCCCAGGGAGCUGCACCAGCCGGUCGGACCCAGCUGGUUCAGCGAGCGCCACGGGUUCCUGAGGCCCUCCCACCCCGAGCCCAUCAUCCACACCAACGACGGCAGGUGCUCUGUCUCCUUCACCCUGGGCAAGGACAUCAGUGUCCUGGCCUCCCUGCACGGCGACGACAGCCGCCUGAGCGAGGAGCUGGGCAGGAGGCACAUCGUGCAGACCCAUCGUGGCAACCAGAUCGAGCUGAAGAUCCAUCUCCCCCACGCGGGGAACUUUGUGCUCAAAAUCUACGCCAGGAAGAAGUCGGAUCCGGGCAACUACGACUACAUCUUCAACUACCUCCUCACUUGCCUGAACACUGAAGUGAAGUGGCCUCCUUUCCCUCAGAGUUACAGCAAGUGGCUGGGGGAGUACGAGGUCCUGGAGCCGCUCUCGGGCUUGCUGCCGGCCAACCGCAACGUGCACUUCAAACUCAGAAUGCAGGGGGUGGCCAAGGUGCUAGUUCAGGCUGAGAACACUUACCCUCUCACCCAGAGCAGAGGGUACUGGGAGGGAACCUGCAACACAUCGGGGUGCAGGGAGGUGUUUGUGAUGGUGCACGAGAACGCCAACCACAGCUUUUACUCACACGUCCUGAAAUACGAAGUGGAAACCCAGUAA